CGAGCUUAACGAAAAUGAGUACUCUGAACGAAGCAUACGAAGCACACACUCUUACCCUUGAUAAUAUCAUCCCAUUAGACUUUUCUUCUUCUCCGAGUUUACCCGAUUCCCACACAUGGUCUCAACCCAUUGACGAUGAUGAUGGUGAUUUCUCAUUGAACGAUCCUGCAUCAUCAUCCAUUCCCAUCAUAGACCUGAUGGAUCCCAAUGCCAAGAAACUCAUAGCCCUUGCAUGUGAGAACUGGGGUGCCUUCCAUUUGAAGAAUCAUGGCAUACCCUUAGAUGUUUCUCAAGGGGCCGAACAACAACUCCAUCGCCUCUUCUAUCUGCCAACUGAGCAAAAGAUGAAGGCUCUCAGAUCCCCCGCUGGUGCCACUGGAUAUGGCGUCGCAAGGAUUUCACCUUUCUUCUCCAAGUCCAUGUGGAACGAAGGUUUCACCAUCAUCGGUUCUCCCUCUCACGAUGCAAAAAAGUUAUGGCCCGAUGAUUAUCAACAAUUCUGUGAGACGAUGGAGAAGUAUGAGAAGCAAAUGAGGAGAAUAGCAGAUAGACUGGCAGAAAUGAUGAUGGAGGUGUUGGAGAUUUCGGAGAAAAAAAGGAAGUGGGUUGGUGCAAGCGACGUGAGUGCAGCUCUGCAGUUGAAUUUCUACCCAACUUGUCCCGAACCGAACCGGGCCAUGGGUUUGGCUCCUCACACAGACACUUCCAUCUUCACAAUUCUUAAAGCUAAAUCGAGUGGUCUUCAAAUCUUGAAGGAAGGAAAGUGGAUCCCUGUGCACCCUCACCCCAACACUCUGAUCGUUCACACAGGCGAUUUUCUGCGCAUCAUGUCCAAUGCACGCUUCUGCAGCCCAACUCAUCGCGUAGUGCCGAAUGAGAAGGACGAACGUUACUCCAUUGCUUAUUUCUAUUCUCCACCCACAGAUUACGUGGUGUCUCCGUCGGUGACCGGGGAUCUUAACUCCGUUGCUCGUUUUCGUGAUGUCACUGUGAAGGAGUUUAUUGGGAUCAAGGCUCAGAAAUUUGGAGAGUCCCUCUCUUUCAUUAGCACUUGAAACAUAUUUCAUAAUUUAUCUUUAUUACCUGCAUGUUCUGGCUUUUUAGUAAGACUAAUAAAUUUGGUAAUAUCAA